CAUUUCCCCUCUCGCUAUUGCAUCUUCAACGACUCCAGGAAACCCCAAGAUGUUCACCAAGGGUGCAGUCUUCCUAGUGAUGGUAGGAUUAGCUUUAUCCGCUCCUUCCGAUUCAUACGGUCCUGCCAAACAUCAACCAACCUACAAGGAGGUACCUACGCCUUAUCAGUACAAUUAUGCAGUUAGCGAUGCAUAUGCAGGCACAGACUUCGGUCAGAUAGAGGAAUCAGACGGAAAGGCAGUUAAAGGAUCAUACACUGUUCAGCUUCCAGACGGCAGAAAGCAAACUGUAACCUACGUAGCCGAUCACUAUGGAGGGUAUCAAGCUGAGGUCAGCUACUACGGUGAAGCCCAAUACCCACAUGAGUAUGGUCCUCCAAUCACCUUCAAGCCCCAAAGCUACCAUCCUGCGCCAUCUUACACACCGGCGCCAUCCUACCAUUAAACAUGGGAAAGACCGACCCUAACCCGACAUAACUUACAUGUUCUUUGACGACAAAGUCGGUGGUCCGAGUUCGAUUCUCGGCC